AUGGGCAAAGCAGAGGUCGGCUCGACAAAGCACCUGUCGAACAAGCUCAAGAGCAAGGGCCUCCAGCGUCUGCGCUGGUUCUGCCAGGUGUGCGAGAAGCAGUGUCGUGAUGAGAACGGCUUCAAGCUGCACUCGCAGAGCGAGUCGCACGUGCGCCAGAUGCUCGUCGUCGGCGAGGACCCCAAGAAGUUCAUCAACGAGUACAGCAACCAGUUCCUGCGCGACUUCAUCAUGCUCCUGCGGACGGGCCACGGCGAGAAGCAGGUUCAGAUCAACCGGUUCUACCAGGAGUACAUUGCCAACAAGGAGCACGUCCACAUGAACGCGACCAAGUGGCCCAGCCUCACCGAGUUUGCCAAGCACCUCGGCCGCGAGGGCAUCUGUCGCGUGGAGGAGACGGACAAGGGGCUGCACAUUUCGUGGAUCGACAACUCGCCCGAAGCGCUGCGCAGGCAGGAUGCGCUGAGGCGGAAGGAGGCGCAGGACAGGGGCAACGAAGAGGUGGAACAGAUGAUGAUCCGCGAGCAGAUCAAGAGGGCACAGAAAGCGGCGGGUGUCAAGAGUGACGAUGAGGAGGACGAAGAGGACCGCCAGCUCAAGAGGCAGGAGGGUGAGAAGAUUACACUCUCCUUUGGUGCGAAGCCGCCUGCCACGACCACAGCCAAGCCAGAGGUGACGCCGCCCAAGGACGAGACGUCAACGUCGCCGGCCCCGGCGCAAGAGACAAAGCCGGAGUCAAGUGCGGAGACAAAGGACACACCGGCCGCGAAGCCGUCACUCGGCGGCGUGUCGCUCAAGAUGACGGCCAAGCCGCAGACCAAGAAUGUCUUUGCGCAAGCCAAAAAGAAUGCGUUAGGCAGCGGCAGCACCAAGAAGAAUGCCUUCCAGCAGCCGAAGAAGAUGAGCGAGGCGGAGAGGAUCAUGAAGGAAGACAUGGAGAGGAUGGACAGGAAACGCUCGAGGGACACGCCAGGGUCAGGACCGCCUUCGUGGAAGAAGCAAAGAACGAACAACUAG